UACAGCUGUCGCAACUACUACUAUAGCUGCUCCAACAACCACUACAGAGUCUCCAACAACCACUACAGAGGCUACGACCACAACUACAACUGCCCCAACUACAUCUACAGUUGCUGCAUCAACAACAACAGAGUCUCCAACAACGACUACAGAGGCUACAAACACAACUACAGCUGUCGCAACUACUACUACAGCUGCUUUAACAACUAUAGAGGCUACAACAGCCACUAUAGAGGCUACAACCACAACUAUAGCUGCCCCAACUACAACAACAGCUGCUGCAACAACUACAGAGUCUCCAACAACAACGACAGAGGCUACAACCACAACUACAGUUGCCCCAACUACAACUACUGCCGCUCCAAUAACAACUACAGCUGCCACAACCACAACAACUGAUACACAAACCACAACUACAGUUGCACCAACGACUACAGAGUCUCCAACCACAACUACAGAGGUAUCUACAACAACUACAGCUGCUAUAACCACGACUACAGCUCCUUCCACAAUAACUACAGAGGCCCUUACCAGCAGAACCACAGCUACAUCCCCUGAAACUACAACCCCUGCAUCUACAACCCCUGAAACUACAACCCCUUCAACCACAACCCCUGCAACUACAAUCAUUGCAACUACAACCCCUGCAAGUACAACCACAGCAUCAGCAAUCACUGCAACUACAAUCUCUGCAACUACAGCUAUUCCACUCAGUACGGUGCCUGUGGUAUUCAGGUCCUUAGGGGAGAACUUCACCUCUGACUUAACAAACAUAUCAACCCAGGCCUUUCAAAACCGAGCAUUACUCAUUAAAACUCAGCUUGAACCUUUUUAUCAAUCAGCUUUCGUCUCUUUUUAUAGUUUAACUGUGACACAAUUCAGCUCUGGAUCCAUCAUUAAUCAUAUGGAUUUAGCAUUCUACUCCUCCUCUGUACCUAAUAAUAAAGAGAUUGGAACCAUUUUGAUAAAAGCUGCACAAAACAUCACAGUGUUCAACAUCGACUCCACCUCAGUGACUGUGAACAACACAGAUAUUUUUGCAGCAACUACGUUACCUCCAUCAUCUGCUGUAGUCACCCCUGUGGCAGAUACUACCACUUCAACAACUGGACAACCUCAUACUGUUCUCGUCACGGCUGCUACGACUGGACCCAGAAACACCACCACUACAUUGUUGUCUCCCUCAACAGUAUCAAAUAUAGCAUCAACCCUGGCCACACUAACUACCAGAACAACUCCAACCACCACUACAACCAACCCACAAACAACCUCUCUUACAAUAACUACAGCUGUGUCCAACAUCACAACAGCUUCUGUCAACACAACCAAAGCCGCCAAUACAACAACUACAGCUUCUGUCAACACAACCAAAGCCGCCAAUACAACAACAACUACAGCUUCUGUCAACACAACCAAAGCUGCCAACACAACAACAACUACAGCUUCUGUCAACACAACCAAAGCUGCCAAUACAACAACAACGACCACAGCUUCUGUCAACACAACCAAAGCUGCCAAUACAACAACAACGACCACAGCUUCUGUCAACACAACCAAAGCUGCCAAUACAACAACAACGACCACAGCUUCUGUCAACACAACCAAAGCUGCCAAUACAACAACAACGACCACAGCUUCUGUCAACACAACCAAAGCUGCCAAUACAACAACAAUGAUCACAGCUUCUCCCUCAACAAGCUUGGGUGCUUCAACAGUCUUUCAAGGUACUCCUACAGCAACUAUUUUUCAACCUUUAACUGUGGCUGGUACCACCACUAGAACAACUGGACAACCUGUCACUGUUCCUACGACUGGACCCAGAAACACAACCACUACAUUUGGGUCUCCCUCAACAGCAUCAAAUGCAGCAUCAACACUGGCCACACUAACUACCAGAACAACUCCAACCACCACUACAACCAGCGCACCAACAACUACUAAAACCACAACUGCAACUACUACAACAACUACAACAACUACAGCAACUACUAGGACAACCACCACAACUGCACCUAUUCAACCUGCUCCAGUGGUGGUUUUCAUCAUACAACAACUUUAUGUCCCACAAUUAAGUAACCCUGCGAGUACAGAGUUCCAAACCCUUGCAUUAACUGUUAUUGCAGCGUUUGAUGUGAUCUACAAAACAAAAUACGGAAGCUUCUUCAUUAGGACGAUAGUUCUCGCAUUCACACCUAUUACCCGUUCCCGGAGUGCAGACACGCAGGCUGAGGUGAAGCUGGUGUUUAACCAGACCGCCGCACAACCGGUACCUCAACUUGCUGAAAUUGGGGACACGCUAAAGGCAGCUCUGAACAGUUCCAACAGUACCAUCGGCAACCUCACAGUGGUGUCAGACUCCAUCAAAGUUACAGUACUCACCUCAAAUACAACAACUACUCCUGUCAUUACUUCCGCCAUCACAUCUACAACCCCUGCAACUACAACCACUACAGCUGUUCCACUCAGUAUGGUGCCUGUGGUAUUCAGGUCCUUAGGGGAGAUCUUCACCUCUGACCUAUCAAACUCAUCAACUCAGGCCUUUCAAAACCGAGCAUUACUCAUUAAAACUCAGCUUGAACCUUUUUAUCGAUCGGCUUUCAUCUCUUUUAAUAGUUUGACUGUGACAAAAUUCAGCUCUGGAUCCAUCAUAAAUACUAUGAAUUUAGCAUUCCUCUCCUCCUCGGUCCCUAAUAACACAGCGAUUGGCAACGUUUUGAUAAAUGCAGCUCGAAACAUCACAGCUUUCAACAUCGACCCCACCUCAGUGACAGUCAAUGGCACAGCUAACUCAGGUGUGGGCAGCAAGGCAAGUCUCUUCACAGCGUCCUGUCUGGUGGUUCUGUCAAUGCUCCUAUCAAGACAACAGUGAUCUCAGA